AUUGAUUAUGAGUGAGAAAAAAGCAACAAUCUAAGAAUACAUAAAAAUAAAAGUGAAACCAGUGUUUGAUUAAUUGAUCUCUAGAAUAGUAAUAGAGAAACCAGAAGAUGUAUAUGCUUGGUCAAUAAAUUGGUUGCAAAAACAAUGUAAAAUAUAUAGAUAUCAUAAUGUUUAGAAAGUGGAGUAAAGGUGUAGUAAUUGAUUCAUCAUGAUUUGAGUGAAGAAGAAGAGGAUGAGGAGGAAGUAGUUUUGGAGAUAAAACAACAAUAAAAGUAACAAACUAGAGCAGCAGUUUCUGCUGAAGUUUAUGGAGAUUACAAUAAGAAGGAAGACUUUAAGCCAAGAUUUAUAUAGAAAUCAGAAGCAUAAAUAGAGAGAAUAAAGAAAAGAAUACUAAAUUCAUUUAUGUUUUAAGCUUUGGAUGAAAAAGAUCUCAAUAUAGUAUUAGGAGCUAUGGAAGAGAAGAAGUUUUAGUAAAAUAUAUUAUUAACUUAAUAAAGAGUCGGAGAUGUAGUAAUAAAGUAAGGAGAUGAUGGAAAUGAAUUAUAUGUUAUUGAUGAAGGAAGAUUGGAAUGUUACAAAAAGUUUACAGGAUUAGAAGAAGAAAAAUUAUUAAAAACAUAUAUUCCAGGAGAAUCUUUUGGAGAGUUAGCCUUAUUAUACAAUGCUCCAAGAGCAGCCACUAUCAAGGCAAUAGAGGAUGUUACUACUUUUGCAUUAGAUAGAGAAACCUUUAAUAAUAUAGUCAAGUUUUCAGCAAUAAAGAAGAGAGAAUAGAUGGAGGAAAUAUUAAACAAAAUAGAACUAUUAUAAUCCAUGGAUAAUUAUGAAAGAGUUUAAUUGUGUGAUGUACUUAAAGAAGAAAAACAUAAGGCUGGAGAAAAUAUUAUUAAUGAAGUAAGAGUAUAUUUUAAUUCAAGGGUGAAAUUGGAGAUAGAAUUUAUUUAAUUAUUGAAGGUGAAUUAGAAGCUUAUUGGAAAGGUUAAACCGAAAAAGUUUAUGAUUACAAGCCUGGAGAUUAUUUCGGAGAAUUAGCUUUAUUAAAGAAUGCACCAAGAUAGGCAACUGUUAUUGCUAAAGUAUUAAUUAUUAUAUUAUUUAGACUGAUGUUAUAUUGUUAUAUUGUGAUUUCAAUUCAUUUAGAAGACUUAUGGGUCCAUUAGAAGAAGUACUCAAAAGAAAUAUGGAGAGAUACGAAAAAUAUUUAUAAUAAUGA